GCAAUGCUGGAUGUUGCAGCACAUCAUGGCUGGCUGGUGACUGCUCUGAAUAUAACCAAUCUAGUGCAGAUGGUGGUUCAGGGCAGAUGGAUACAUGAGUCUUCCCUGCUUACUUUGCCCAAUAUAGAGCUACACCACCUUUACCUUUUUCGGAAAUGGAGCCAAGGCUCAAGGAAGAGCAUGCAUGGGGGUUACCAAGGACCUAUCGAGUGUCUUCCCGAACUAAUGGCUGCCUGCGAAGGAAGAGAGAAUGUUUUUGCUUCCAUUGUGGACAGUGAAUUGCAAACAGCACAGAUUUCACAGGCCUGGAAUUUCUUGUGCCGUUUGCCAAUCCUAAACAUCAGCCUGAGCAUUAAGGGCUGUUGGGAUGACCCAGUUCAGCCACAGAAUGAAGUGCCUGUUCCUUCCUGGACAACUGACCCACGAGAUGACAAAAGAUGGAUCAAAUUACACGCUGAUCAAGAGUAUGUGCUCCAAAUAAACCUGCAGAGGACUCAGAUGGGGUAUCAGGGAAAGCAAGAUAGUAAAGCAAUUGCUCCUCGCUUCCCUAAAGUUAAAGAUGAAGGAUGGUUUUUGAUACUGGGAGAAGUUGAUAAAAAAGAACUCAUCGCCCUGAAGAGAACUGGAUAUGUCAGGAAUCGAAAUACUGUUUCUCUUGCUUUUUAUACUCCAGAAACUCCUGGCAAGUGUAUCUACACAUUGUAUCUCAUGAGUGACAGCUACCUUGGCUUGGACCAACAGUACGAUAUUUACCUGAACAUUAUACCACCUCGUACGUCAGCACCUGUUGAAACAGAGGGGUCUGAUGCCAUGAGUCACCUGGCUCUGAAGUAAGGUGACACGAAGAGUCCAUUCAAAAGAACUGGUCUUGCAGCUAAGACAUCUGGUCAUUCUGGACAUCAAAAAUG